AUGGAAGCAGCAUUUGACAAAGAAGUUGAUGUUCCUUCAACACCAGGUGUUUAUUACCUUGAUAUCGAAGCAAUUUCAUUUGGAGGAUAUCUCGCCGAAUAUGUUGUUGAGAUUACAAUUAUUCCACCGAAUGCAAAACCAAAGAUAGAAAUUGCUGAUAAAAUCUAUACAUAUUAUAUUCCAGGAAAAGAAGUAGUUAUCAAGGCAAAGAUCACUGAUCAAGAUGCUGAUGACCAGAAGUUCCUUGUCCAGUUAUUCUUGGAUGACAAAAUGAUGAAUGAAUACAAAGAAAUCGCAAACAAUGAUGAAGCUAAACAAUACUCAUUCAAAUUACCAGAUGAUACUAAAGAAGGCUUACAUAAAAUCAAAAUGACAGCAAAUGAUGGAAAGGAUACAGCAGAAUUUACAUUCGAUAUAAAGGUUAAGAGCAACACAAAGCUUUCAGUCAGUUAUGAAGAUGCUAAAACUGAUAUCAGUUACAAACCAGGUGCAGCAAUUGGAUUCACAGCUGUCGUUUUCGAUCCAGAUGUUGAAUACGACUCAACAUUUACACUUACAAUUUACUUCGAUGGAGUCCAAGUUGGACAGACAACAAGGAAGAAUGAUGGUGAUUUAAUGCGCAUUCCUUUAGCUGUUACUAUUCCUCGUAAUGCAACAGCCGUAUCUGGAAAGGUUGAAGUCGUUAUUGAAUCAUCAAACGAAAAGGAUUCAAUUGGAUUUACAUUGAAUUUAAUUCCGCCACCAAAAGAAGAAGUUUCAGGAAAUGAAAAUGCUGUACAGGGCGAUGCUGUUCAAUCAACAAACACUAAGAAUCGUACUAUGUUGAUUGGAAUACUUGUCGCUAUGGUUAUUGCUAUUGUUGUAAUUACAGUGGGUAUUAUUUAUCUUAUAGUUAAGAAAUAA